UUCCUCUCUCCAAUCCUCUCUCUUUCUCCCCCCAACCCCAGUUGCCUGGCAACCGCAGGGACGCCGCGCAAGGCCUUCCCCGGGGAAGAAGAAGAGCCUGUGCGGAGGAGGCCGGAGGAGCACAUGGGCACGAUGCUGCGGCCCGCGGUGCGGUUCGGGAGGCCCCGGGGGCAAAACCGAGAGGACAUGCAAGAUGAAAAGGAUGAAGUGGAGGGAAUAUUUCUCCCAGUAGGAGUAGAUCUUCACGAAAUAGCCAUACUGCCCAAGGCAGAAUGGCAAAGGAUUCAAGACAGCCUCACAGCUCGAGCCAGAGAAGUAGCACAGGCCCGUGCUGAAAGGAAAGCACGGAAAGAUCUACAUUUAAAGUCUCAAGCACUUGUCAAGAACUGGACCAACACUAUUGCAGGUAUGUCACAAAUGAAACUGAAAGCAGGAAAACUAAGGAAAGAAAGGGAAGAGGAAGCGAGAAGAAACAUUGACCUGGAAGAAGCAAAGUACCAAGCACAAAAACGAAAAGAGUUUAUAGAAAAAGCCAAAAUGCAACAACAUUAUGAAAAUGAGAGAGUGAAAGGCUUCCAUAAAGCCUUUUUACUUACUGAAGUAAUGAAGGAAAGAGAUGCGCAAAUUGAAUUUAAAAAGAUAAAAGAAAACUUGUACUGCAGUAAGCAUGAAGAAAUAGAACAGGAGCGUCUAAAAGCUGUACAAAAAGAGGAGGAAAAGAUCAAGGAACGCCACGUGAAGAGACUGCAGCUUAGCAAGGAGCAGUUAGAACAGAUCAAAGAGCACGAACAUCAAGCAGAAAUCGACAGGCAAGAAGAGAAAAAAGAAGGGGAAGAGAUCCAGGCACUGGUCAGGCGACAUCAAUUGGAAGUGAUGCAGAAAGAGCAAGAGGAGUACAAGCAAAAACUUAAACGUAGACAGGCAUAUCUGGAGUACGUUGCUGAUCAGAAAACUCUGAAAGCUAUAGAAAAGCAAAAAGAAGAAGAAAAUGAUGAUAAAAUUCGACGUCAUUAUCAAGCAAAGCGAGCUAUGGCUAAGUUGAGAAAAGAAAAGGAAGAGGAACUACACAGGUUAAUGGAGGUACACAGAGAGAAUAUUACUUACCGGCUCCUGAAGCAGAUGCAAAAGAAGAUUGAUGAUGAAGAUGAGCGUAUCGCGAGAGAGAUUGCAGAAACAGAAGAGGAGAUUGAAAAUGAAUGCAAAGCAAGAGAAGAAAAAAACAAAGCUGAUCUCAAAUCCAUUAAAGAGCACAGACUUGGUGUGAUAAAAAUGAAGGAAGAAAAAGAAAAACAGGAAAAAAUAGAAGCCAAAGAAAUACUUAAGGGACAGAUAGAAGCAGACCGGAUCUAUCAAGAACUGGAGAAGGACAAGAAACAUAGAUUUCACUGUGCAAAUCUAAAAUUACAAGAAGCCCAUGUUACACAAAUAGCGGAAAAAGCGUCAAAAGUAGAACAUGAGAAGCAAGAAGAGCUAGAAUAUGAAAAGCAAAAAGAACGCAUUGCACUGUGGAAGGAGCAGGAAUUCCAGGCGUAUGCAAAGAAAGUCAUCGAUGAAGCAUCCAAGACAACGCAACAUCUUUACCCUCUUUACCAAGCAGCGAAGGAAGGCACAAUGAGGGAAUCAGUUUAUCAUAAAGAACCAGUUCAAUCACCUGAUAAGCAUUCUAUGAAGUUGCCAUAUAUUGGUGACAAAGCUCGAGAUAUGAAACUCUUACAUGAACAUGGAUAUGGUGAUACUAAGGCACGACUUGGGUUUACAUGGUAACCCCUGCCUCCUGUUUUCAAUGUUAAAAUGAAGUCUGGUGCAUUUUUGAAAUAUUCCAAAUUAUGAAAAAAAUGCAGUAAGAGUUGGCAAGCUUAAGAUAAUUUAAUGCAGUGUCUGAAUAUAUUUACAGAAAAUUGGAAAAUCAAUAAUUGUAAACAAUGUGUAACAUUUCCAAGCAAUUGAAUUGUUUUAUUCUCCUUAUCACAUUUCAAAAUAAAUAAGUUUUUAUCAGUGAUCCAAAAAUUCUGGGUUACAAUUCUUUCUUAACUUUAGGAAUUUUAUUAUAAUUGGUUUCUAUCACUUGUGUUUGUUAAAGAAGGCAAUGGCCAUUUGUUUCCAGUUUUAGCUUUUUAGGUUGGAAAUGUUAACAAAAUAUUUAAUCCUAAAUAUGAGAUAGCUAGUGAGCUAUUCUCUUCUGACAGCCAAACUAGGGAGCUGUGGGCAGAGCACAUGUAGGUUGCUAAGGUUUCCCCCUAGACUGGAAAACCUAAUGAAGGGACAAGGCUGGAAAUAGGACUGGUGGGAGUGGAAAGGAAAUUCAGGUAACUUGGAGAGAUUUAAGUAUCCUUCCUUCUGUAUUGUCGAAGGCUUCCUUCUGCUUUCCAUCUGUAAGUGCCCCUCUGCUUUGUCUGGCCAAUCUAGAACUUAGAGUAGCUCUUUAUGCCAAAUUCUAGUCUAAAAUACUAAGUGAAAAGCUAACAAGAGACUAGUUUCCUCACAAAGUAGGAAAGUUAGGAAACAUUUAGUCUUGCCCUUAAUGUUUGUAAAAAGUUCACUACACAUUCUUUUGUCUUCUUGACUAAUCACCUGUCUUUUAAAAUGAAUUUACAUAAUAACUAAUGUAAUCAACAGCAUAUAUAGAGCUCCAAUGAGGGAAGGAAUAGUUUUAUAAGUGUGAUAUAGCUUGCAACUUUAGAGAAUAACUUGGAGCAGUGCUAUGUUUACGUUUUGUAAGCAGCUUAUUAUAGUAAUAUACUUUGGUUAAAUGUCUUAUUAAUAGAUGGUUCCAAUGAUCGUCAUACUAUGGGAGAAUGAAACCUAUUGUCAAUAUGCUUUUAAGUUUUACUAAGCACAGUCAGUCCGUUGCUAGAACAAAUAUUUUAGUAUAAAUUUCUAAACAGUUCCGGUCCAGCUUACCUGUCCGAACGUACCUCCCUCUAUGAACCUGUUUUGAUUGUUAAGAUCGGCCGGGGAGGUUCUGCUCUCAGUUCCCCUGCCUUCGCAGGUGGUACUGGUGGAGUUGAGGGAGAGGGCCUUCUUGGUGGUGGUCCCUUGGCUGUGGAACUCCCUCCCUAGUGAGAUUAGAUCAGCCCCUUCCCUCCUGGUGUUCAGAAAACUCAAAACCUGGCUAUGCAAGCAGGUGUUCAGCGACUGAUAGUAUUACUGAAGCAGCUAAAUGACAACCACGGGAUUGAUGCAAUGUCUAAUACGCUUUAUGUCCAUGUUUUAUGUUUUUGUGUAGAUUUUAAUGGUUUAAAUUCAUAGCUAUGUUAUUAAUUUAGAUAGGUUAUGUAUUGUUUUUAUAUGUAUGUUUUGGCAUUUAAUUUUUGCCAUUUAUUCUGUUGUACACUGCUUUGAGUCCCCCCAAGGGCUGAGAAAAACGGUACAGAAAUGCAAUAAACAAAGAAACAAAAAACACAUAAAUAGUAACUGAGACAAACAUUUCUCUCAAUGGAAUAUGAACAAGUUGAUCUCCCUGCUUGAUAACAGUACAUUCUGGAGUUGAGUUCUCUAGUAGAACCACAAUGUGUAAGCAGUAUCUCCACUAGAAAAAUUACAGCUGUUGAAUGCCCUAGGGGUGUCUGUUAUUCCUAAAUUAUUUUGGUAAAAGCCACUUUAUCUUGAUAACUGCAUGUCUCAUCCUUUUCAGAUGGGUUUUCAUAAUAGCCUUCAUGCUGAGACACACACACAUCAUAAAUGUCAGUCACACAACCCAUAACUGACAUGCAUCCAAUCAAAAUCCCUUACCUCAAUAAACACAUCCAUCAAUAGGUGCACAAAGUGUAGGCUGUGAAAUGGCAUGGCUACUUGCUUGCUUCUUUCUUUGAACAGAAGAUCUUUCAAUGAAAGAAUACUUGGGAAUUGUGAGAGAAAAAGAGCAUACAUUGUAGUAUGUGAGGAUAAUGCCCUGUCUGUAUGACCAGUUACAUGAAUCUUAUUGAUGUGUGACGCUAACAUAUUUGAAGCUGGCUCAUGCUCUACUUUGCUGGUUCAGAAGGGGUCAUCUUCUGUGAGAGUACCUUGAAGCACUCCAUUUUCACCAUUUAAUAAAGUCUUUAAAAAAAA